AUGUUGACUUGCAUAGCGUGCUCGAAGCGCAGCCUGAAUGCGAACGGAUCUCUCCCCGAGCCGCCGGAAGACGAUGAAAACGCCGCCACGCCGUCCACCAAGCAACCUAUUAAGGCCCUCACGACUCAGAUCAAGGACAUAGCAGUGAAGGCAUCUGAUGCAUAUAAGAACUGCAGGCCAUGUUCGGGCUCGUCGGGCCGAAAACAGGGUGAAGACUAUCUAGACUCGGACUUCGGCUCAGUGUCUGAGAGGUUUUACGGCUCGUACAGAAGGCCGGGCAGCUCAAACUCCACGCCUCGGCUCAGGGGGAAGAAGGAUUUGGAAGCCAAACUGAGAGCCCUUUGGAGCGGCUCAGCCACGCCAGCUUCAGUUAGUGGUAGAACUGAGUCUGUAUUGUUCAUGGAGGAAGAUGAGCCAAAAGAAUGGGUUGCACAGGUUGAGCCGGGAGUGUUGAUUACUUUCGUUUCGCUGCCUCAGGGUGGAAAUGAUCUGAAAAGGAUCCGAUUCAGCCGAGAUGUUUUCAACAAGUGGCAAGCUCAAAGGUGGUGGGCUGAUAACUGUGACGAAGUAAUGGAAUUAUACAACGUCCAGAGGUUUAAUCGUCAUGAAGCACCGUUGCCAACUCCUCCACGAUCCGAAGACGAGGCCUCAAGAUCCGAGUCUAUCGAGGACAGCCCUGUGACGCCUCCAUUGAGCAAAGAACAUCUACCUCGCCACUUCCAUCGGGCAACAAAAGUCGAUCACUCGUCAUUUGAGCAACACGAAAACCCGUUACAGUCUCGUUUUCUUCACCAUUCGCCAGGUGGACUCAACUCGACUCCCAAACUGUCCAUGGAUGCCUCGAUGCGAUCGAGCUCAUCGAGAGAGAUCGACCACUCUGGAGAGCUCUCAGUGAGCAACGCCAGCGAUUUGGACAGCGAGUGGGUUGAGCAAGACGAGCCUGGAGUCUACAUCACCAUCAGGGCCUUGCCAGGUGGCGGUCGGGAGCUUAGGAGAGUUCGGUUCAGCCGAGAUCAAUUUGGAGAAAUGCAGGCACAGCUGUGGUGGAACGAGAACAGAGCCAGGAUCCAACAACAAUACCUAUGA